AUGGCAUUGAUUGGAUUCAAGGCCGUGUUAGAGAUGAAAGCAAGCCUCCAGGGAAGACCAUUUGCCACCUUGACCUUGGAGGCCAGUGUUUUGCCUGCAGGUCUGAGCCCUGAGAAGGUCGCCUCCUUCACUAAGAAGCUGAAGUCGGAGCCCCGCUACCUGCUGGCUCAGAAUGUGUCGACCUGCAUCGACCCUCUGGAGGUGUGUCUGCACAGGACGACGGUGCAGGACACCGUCCACGUCUUCCAGCACGCCAUCCCCAGCGAGGGCAAGCCCAUCACACACCAGAAGAGCUCAGGAAGGUGCUGGAUCUUUUCCUGCCUCAACGUGAUGCGUCUUCCGUUCAUGAAGAAGUUUAACAUGGAAGAGUUCGAGUUCAGCCAGUCCUAUCUGUUCUUCUGGGAUAAGAUUGAGCGCUGUUACUACUUCCUUCACGCCUACGUGGAGACAGCCCUGCGGAAAGAGCCUGUGGACGGGAGGCUGGUCCAGUUCCUUCUGUCCAACCCCUCCAACGACGGAGGACAGUGGGACAUGCUGGUCAACCUUAUCGAAAAAUACGGCGUUAUGCCCAAGAAGAGUUUCCCGGAGUCGCACAGCUCGGAGGCCUCCAGACGGAUGAAUGACAUUCUGAACCACAAGAUGAGAGAGUAUUGCCUCAGACUGAGGAACAUGGUGGCCAGCGAUGCAUCUAAAGAAGAGCUCUCUGACACCAUGGAUACUAUGAUAGAGGAGGUGUUUCGGGUGGUGAGUGUCUGUCUGGGCAGCCCUCCCGACACGUUCACCUGGGAGUACCGAGACAAGGAGAAGAACUUCCACAGGCUGGGGCCACUGAGCCCACUGCAGUUCUACAGAGAGCAGGUCAAACACUGUGCUUGUGUAACUAUCUCUUCUUCCCUUGGCGAGCAGAUCUGCCUGGUGAAUGACCCUCGACCCCAGAACCCCUACAAUAAGCUGUACGGUGUAGAGUUCCUGGGUAACAUGGUGGGCGGCCGCAUAACCAAAUACAAUAACCAGGCUGUGGACGUGCUCAAGAAAGCCGCCGCGGACUCCAUCAAAGACGGGGAGAAGACUAUGUUUCAGUUGCAGGGAGGGGUGCUGAGAAGGACUGGGGUGAGAUCCCGGCAGAGUGAAUCUGAGGGAGAGAAGCUGGAGAUUGAGCAGAAAAGGAUGGUGCUGCACGGGUGA